GAGAAAACCACGGAACCAAUAAUCCUGAACUAAAAAUAAAUAUUGUAGAUACAAAGUGUUAACUACGUGAGAGGAAACUACUGUAGCUUAUUUUAGAUGAUAAGAAGGUAGACAAAUGAUGUUGAAGGCGUUUGUUCUACUCUAACUCCUACAAAAAAAGAUAUGAGCAGUCACCAUCGGAGCUGUGUCGGUGUAGUAAAAAUGUUAUUUAUACAUAUACUGAGAAUUAGCGCGUACGAAUAAUACCUAAAGUGUGUGUUUUUUUACGUGAGCUGUAACCGCAAAACUCCGCCUAACAAAUAGUAGCCUAAAUAAAUUUUUGUGGGUGUCUACUUUUCGAGGCGGAUGUACACGCUCUCUGUUGCUGUCACCCUCCAACUAGAUAAUUCGUCUUUGAGUUGAAUGAGUGGAGAGUGGACAUGAACUGAAAAGAUAGACAUUCAAAGCGAGCAUAUUCGGCGUGAGAAAACCCUUUAAAAAAUAUUUCACAGUCAUAACGAAGGAUGCAACGAUGACUCAACCUCAGCUGAAUGAGUUCAUUCCUCCCCCGGAGUGUCCUGUUUUUGAGCCCAGCUGGGAGGAAUUUGCCGACCCUUUUGCGUACAUCAACAAAAUACGACCCAUUGCAGAGAAAACUGGCAUCUGUAAGAUCCGCCCGCCACCGGAAUGGCAGCCACCAUUUGCAUGUGAUGUUGACAGAUUGAAAUUCACACCACGGAUACAAAGACUUAAUGAGUUGGAGGCUCAGACCAGAGUGAAGCUCAACUUCCUGGAUCAAAUAGCAAAAUUCUGGGAGCUUCAAGGAUGUACUUUGAAAAUCCCUCAUGUGGAAAGAAAGAUUUUGGAUCUGUACCAGCUGAAUAAGCUGGUGAAUGAAGAGGGAGGUUUCGAUGCAGUCUGCAGAGAGCGACGCUGGACUAGGAUAUCCGUCAAGAUGGGCUUCGCUCCAGGCAAAGCUGUUGGCUCUCAUCUGCGGGCACACUAUGAGAGGAUUCUCUACCCAUAUAACCUGUUCCAGACUGGAGCCAACCUGCCUAAGGCCACCUUGACCAAUGACACUAAAGAUAAGGAGUACACCCCUCAUGACCUGCCACAGCGCCAGUCUGUCCAGCCCCAGGAGAUCUGCAGUAUAGCUCGCCGAGCAAAACGAAUGAGAUCUGAAAGAGGCUGCGUAAAACCUGGAGAAGUUUGUGAGAAUCGUCCCAAUCUCAGGAGGAGGAUGGGAACGUUUGCUGCCAAACAUGAGCCAGUGAGAAUGGCAGUCACUGAGGUGAAAAAGGAGCCCAUUGAAUACGAGCAUCCAACAGAUAAUGAAGAAACUGCAUUAAAUAAGAUAAACAAACCCAUCAUGAGUAAAGUGGAGCAGUACAUGUGCCUGGUAUGUGGCAGUGGGAGUGCUGAAGACCGCCUGCUACUGUGUGACGGCUGUGAUGACAGCUAUCACAUCUUCUGCCUGAUCCCUCCCCUCCACGAUGUUCCCAAAGGCGACUGGAGAUGCCCCAAGUGCCUGGCUCAGGAAUGCGGCAAACCACCUGUUGCUUUUGGCUUUGAGCAGGCCAGCAGGAGCUACACCCUCCAAGCCUUUGGAGACAUGGCUGAUUCCUUUAAGUCCGAUUAUUUCAACAUGCCAGUUCAUAUGGUUCCUACUGAGCUGGUGGAGAAGGAGUUCUGGCGUCUAGUCAGCACCAUCGAGGAGGAUGUCACCGUAGAAUAUGGAGCAGACAUCGCCUCCAAGGAGUUUGGGAGUGGCUUCCCUUUAAGCAACAGCCACUUUGAAGUCUCUCCUGACGACAAGCAUUACCUGAGCAGCGGCUGGAACCUGAACAACAUGCCGGUGCUGGACGCCUCGGUGCUGACUCACAUUACAGCUGACAUCUGUGGGAUGAAGUUACCCUGGCUGUAUGUGGGCAUGUGCUUCUCCUCCUUCUGCUGGCAUAUUGAGGACCACUGGAGCUACUCCAUAAACUAUCUUCACUGGGGGGAGCCAAAGACUUGGUACGGGGCCCCGGGUUAUGCUGCAGAGCACCUCGAGACGGUCAUGAAGAAACUGGCUCCAGAGCUCUUUGAGUCCCAGCCAGACCUCCUUCACCAGCUGGUCACCAUCAUGAAUCCCAACACUCUGAUGAACAACGGCAUCCCGAUCUAUCGUACCAACCAAUGUGCAGGCGAGUUUGUCAUCACUUUCCCCAGAGCGUAUCACAGUGGAUUCAACCAGGGUUUCAACUUUGCUGAAGCUGUCAACUUCUGUACCGUGGACUGGAUGCCUGUUGGCCGCAACUGUGUGAAACACUAUCGUCAGCUGAGCAGGUACUGUGUCUUCUCCCAUGACGAGAUGGUGUGUAACAUGGCCUUUAAGGCAGACAACAUGGAUGUCGACCUGGCCUCAGCAGUGCAGAAGGAGAUGACCGUCAUGCUCCAAGAAGAAGAGGAACUAAGAGAGAGGAUUAACAAGAUGGGUGUGGUGCAGUCUCAACAAGUUGAUUAUGAGGUGCUCCCAGAUGAGGAGCGGCAGUGCUACAAGUGUCGGACCACCUGCUACCUGUCUGGCAUCACCUGUGUCUGCAGUCCUGACAAGAUGGUUUGUCUGUACCACGCCCAGGACCUCUGCUCCUGUCCGCAUAGCAACCUUACACUCAAUUACAAGUUUACACUGGAUCAGUUGUACAGCUUGAUGGCAUCAGUGACGCUGCGUGCAGAGUCUUAUAAAGAGUGGCUGUGUAGUGUGCAGGACAUCCUGGAGAACAAAGAAAGCAAGAAAAGAGGUCUGGAAGAGCUUCACAGCCUGGUGGAGCAGGCAGAAACAAAGUCGUUCCCACAAACCAGCCUCCUGGAUCAGCUACGCAUUGUUGCCUCAGAGGCUGAUAAAGUUGCUGUGAUGGCACAACAGCUUCUGAAUGGGAAGAGGCAGACGAGAUAUCGUUCUGGUGGAGGAAAGUCUCAAAGUCAGAACGAGUUGACUGUGGAGGAGCUGAGGUCUUUUGUGCGGCAGUUAGACAACCUGCCAUGUAACAUUCGACAGGCUCCUUUACUGAAGGACCUGUUGACCCGGGUGGAUGAAUUCCAGCAGCGCAGUGAAAGACUCCUCUCUGACGAAUCACCCAGCCCGCUGGAGCUUCAGGACCUGCUGGAUGUGAGCCUGGGCCUGGACGUGGAGCUGCCCCAGCUGCCCCUGCUCAGGGAGAGACUUGAGCAGGCUCGCUGGCUGGAGGCUGUGCAGCAAGCCAGCAGCAGGCCGGACAGCCUCUGUCUGGACACCAUGAGGAGGCUGAUAGACCAGGGUGUGGGCCUGGCUCCUCACAGCUCUGUGGAAAGAGCCAUGGCUCGUCUGCAGGAGCUGCUGACAGUGUCGGAGCAGUGGGAGGAGCGGGUGCUAGGACUCAUGGAAGCCAGGCCUUAUCACAGCAUAGAAACACUUGACGCUGCUCUACAAGAAGUAGAAAACAUCCCUGCUUAUCUGCCCAACUGCCUGCAGUUGAAGGACGUCGUUGUCAAGGCCAAGAAAUGGCUUCACGAAGCAGAAGCACUCCAGCUCGGGGGCCGUAUUCCUGUGCUGGACAGUCUCUCUGAGCUGAUUCUCAGAGCAGAGGGCAUCCCAGUGAGGUUCGACCCGCUGAGUCGACUGGAAGCACUGGUCAGCGAUGUUCAGACCUGGAAGGAGAGCGCAGCAAAGACAUUCCUACUGAAAAACUCCCCUUUUUCUCUCCUUGAGGUGCUUUGCCCGAGGUGUGACGUAGGGAUAGGGCAUCAGAAGUCAAGAUCUAAAAAAGCUAAAGAAGCUACACAGAUCAGUAAAAAAUCUUCAACAAAACUGGACUCACUAUGUGACGUGGAAAGAGCUCUUUCUGAGAGCAAGGACUCCGCCUCUGCUAUGGCCACUCUUGCGGAGGUCCGCCAGAAGGAGAUGGAGAUCUUGUUGGCUUUGAGGACUUCAAAUGAGUCCAAGCUUCUUCCUGCUGAAAACUGUUGUGCACUUAGUGCUUGUGUUUGCCAAAAGGCGCCUUCGGGUGCCAUGGUGCAGUGUGAGCUCUGUCGAGAAGUUUUCCACUGUGGGUGCGUUGCAACAACUGCAGACGUCGAGUAUGGCCAAGCCUGGCUUUGCCCACUCUGCCAGAGGUCAAGGAAACCCCCUCUGGACAAGGUCCUGCCCCUGUUAGCUUCGCUGCAGAGGAUCCGGGUCCGACUUCCAGAAGGAGACGCGCUGCGCUUCCUCAUCGAGAGGACGGUGCGAUGGCAGCACAGAGUUCAGCAGGCCUGCACAGAGGGAGUGCUGGAGAAAGUGUCGAAGAUGGGGAGAGUUGGACCCAGGAUAUCGUCACAUCUGACUCAGGAAAUAAAUGGUUCAUAUUUUUAUACAGAGCACCAGUCUGUUCCACUCCAGGGACUCGGUCCAGAGCUGGAAGAGUUGAUGGUGGAGGGAUUCCUGCUGCAGGUCACUCUGCCUGAGACCGAGCAGCUGUACAGAUACCUGCUGUACAAGCUGGCGCCCCUGCCCUCACAAAGCCCCCCCUGUGGGAACGGCACAGAACAGGACCAGCAGUCUCAGAGGGGAAGCCCCCAACACAUCAAGCAGAACGGAGGCUCCGGUAUGAAAAAGGAGGCGAUGAACGGUCAGAGCAAAAGGACCAAGCGACGUCAGGAAAGCUCCGAUUCUCAGUGCAGUGAGAAGGCCAAGAAGUGUCGCAAAAAGAAGUCGAAGAAAAGCAAAGAGAGGAGUGAAGAAACAAAGAGAGCUUCUUCUCCCACACACACAGCGUCUGACCCUGCUGCGUCAGACUCGGAGGAAGACUAUUCACUGUGUGCUGCACCGUGGUGCAGAGAGCCAGAGGGCGACGAGGUAAACUGGGUCCAGUGUGACGGCAGCUGCAAUCAGUGGUUCCACCAGAUCUGUGUAGGACUGUCUGCGGAGCGAGCAGAGAAAGAGGACUAUGUUUGCAUAAGCUGCACACAGCCAGACUACGACAGAGAAUGAGGACCAAAAAGAGACUUUGAAGGAUCAGCAGUUCUGUUGCGGGCCGCAGCACUUAAAGUGCACACCUGAACUCUGUGCCCUGUGGCUUUCCCUUUACCUUCUGGCUUGCCCUUAGUGAACAUGGUGCUAUUUACUUGUUUCCAGAGUAACAAAAGACUUCAGUCACUGUUUUUUGUCAUGUGGCUGGUUUUUCAGCCAAUCAACUAAUCCUUUCUGAAACUUUCCAAGACUUGAUGCAGAUGUACAAAAUGGCAAAAUGUUUCAAGAACCAACAGCGCAGGGAUUUUUCAACCAAAAAAAGUCAAUUUGACGCCACAUUUUAGACCUGUUUUUUUUUUUUUUCUUUCUUUUUUUUUUUUUUUUUUUACAUGCAUCUGAACAAUGUGAAACUUAUCUUUCUCUUGUAGAGUAAAUAUUAUUUAUCUAAGCAAUAACUGAACUAAUUAAUUGAAGUUCAGUUUUCACCUGAGCUAUAUUUGUGCUUAGAAAUCCUCUGAUAGAAUGCCUUGUCGAAGCAAAAACCCUUAAUUCACUUUAUGAAUCCUAUGAUAUUAAACAGUUCGGUUGAAAUUUGUGAACAGGAAUAACUCGAAUCAGAAACCAGUGACGGUAUGUCUGAGCUUUUUUUUUAAUCCAAAUGUGCAAAAACAUUGCACCUGAAUAUUUGCCCACAUCCCUUUACGCGUCUUGGCUUUGAUAUAAAGUCAGGUCCCCUUUUGCGCUGUCAGCAGAGGAAAAAACAAAACAGUUCUCAUGUUUCUUGCGUUGGCUGAGACUUGAUUAUGUUCACAAAAUGAGAAUGAACUGUCCGACAUCAAAGGAAUGUACAUUUUGUUUUAGGGUGGAUUGCCCCUUUAUGGUUUAGGAUGAAAAUAUUGUGUUGGACUUAGAUUUAACACAGACUGUGUGAUUUAUUUGCCACGGGUAUAUGACCUUUUUCUGCUCCUUUGGGUAAAUAAUAUAAUUCAUAUGUUGCAGUUUGCAUUAUAAAAUAAAAAUGUUUGUUCCCAGA